AUGGAGGAGAAUCCGACAUUUAGGAGCUCCAAGAUUAGUCGACUGCCGGCACCGUCGAUGUCGAUGUCAAUAGGGGCUGGAGGGGCUGGGCUCACGGAAUGGAGCGAAUCGCAACAUAAUGCCCGCAUUGCAUCGACGGCAAGUUCGUUGUCGGCUCUGAAGAAUCUGAAGCGAGAGAUUCCUCAGCCAGCAUCGCAAUCUGACCCGAAGCGCAAACCUCUUUCUGAUCGCGCCCUCGAAUAUCCUCCAAAGCCAGCCUCACAUGUUCCCGCCGCAGCUGGUAUCAGAUCAAAUAUGAGGCCUCAGAGCCUGGCUGGAAUGUCCUCUGGGCUCAAGCAACCCUCGGCCACCCAGUCACGAUACGGCGCAUCUUCAAAUGUCUUUAGCAGAAACCAGGCCGCACGAAACGGUGCCCCGACAGCCACAUCACGAGUCAAUGGAGUGAACGGCGUCAAUGGCGUCAACGGACGUCCUGGCCAUGCCCGAUCCAAGAGUCAAGCGCCUCGGCCGCGUACGGCCCAUGCUCUCCGUGAAGAAGACCGAUACGAAGCCCCAACCAACAAUGCCUGGGACGUCGAUGGUCGAGUAGUUGAUAUGGAGUCUCAAUUCAAAGAGCUCAAGGAGAUGGUGAAUACUACACUGAGCGAACGAAAGGGACAAGACGAUGCUCUUGAACUUGCCAAGAAGCGAGUGCAAGAGUUGGAGGGUGACAGAGAGAAACUUGACGUGAGGAACGACGCACUCAAGUCCGAUCUUGACGCAGCAAGAGAAGAGGGACGCCAAAUUCGACAUGAGAUGGAGAAACAGAAGUGGGAAUACCAACGACAAGUGGAUGACCUGGAACGAAAGCACCGAGAAAGGAUUGACGAUAUGUCAAGGCAACAUCGAACCGCAGUCGACGAGCUUCGAAGGGAACUGGACCGAUUGAAAGAGCAAGAGACGAAAGACCACGAGCAAAAGAUCGAAAGCCUAACUAGAAUUUACCAUCAAGAGCUAGCUGAAGAGCGACAGAAGAAGGACCGCGAAAUCCAGGAACUACGACUCCGGAUGGGCAAUGAGCACCAAGACAUGGGAAUGGCCAUCCAGAAGAAGGAUCGGGAACUUCAAGAAGUCAACUCUCAAGUGGAAGGCCUUCGAGGAGACCUCGAGCGAGAACGUACCCUGAAGAACAGCCUACAAACGAACAUCGCCGAGCUUUCAGCAGCUAACACAACCCUCGAAGCCAAGAUCAACUCACUAAAAUCGCACGUCGAAUUUCUGGAAUCUGACAGUAAGGCACAAUCCGACUCGUUUGCUAGCAUGGAAGCGCGUCUCCAAGAAGCUCUGCGCAUUGCAGAAGAGGCCCAGCACAAACUCAUCAAGGAGGAGACAGAACGCCGAGUGCUGUUCAACAAGUACCAGGAGCUCAAGGGCAACAUCCGAGUCAUGUGUCGUGUGCGACCUGCACUUGGCAAUGGUGAGGGCGAGGAGGCCAAGAUGUUGUUCCCUGAUGACAAGACAUCUGCGGAAAUCGUUCUGGCUGGUCCUGAGGAGAAGAGCAGUUUGGGACAGAUCACACGAAAGAACUACCCGUUCGAGUUUGAUCGCGUCUUCGUUCCUGGCACUCAGAACCAGGAGAUCUUUGGCGAAAUCUCCCAGCUUGUUCAGAGCGCUCUUGAUGGAUACAACGUUUGUAUCUUCUGUUAUGGUCAAACUGGAUCCGGAAAGACACACACCAUGUCUUCAAACGAUGGUAUGAUCCCUCGUGCCACCCACAUGAUCUACGACACCAUCACCAAGCUCAAGGAGAAGUCUUGGGAGUACACAAUGGAGGGCUCAUUCGUUGAGGUGUACAACGAGGAGCUCAACGAUUUGUUGACGCCAAAUGAGCGAUCGGCGAAGAGGCUCGAGAUUCGACAUGACGAAGCUCGCAAGCAGACAACCAUCACAAACUGCACGUCAGUCCGUCUUGACAGCCCGUCAAGUGUGGAGACGAUGCUUGAAGAGGCGCAGAAUAACCGAUCAGUGGCUGCCACCAAAGCCAACGAGCGUUCAUCUCGUUCUCACAGCAUCUUCAUCCUGAAGUUGAUCGGAGAGAACUCUGCUACAGGGGAGCGCUGCGAGGGUACGCUUAACCUAGUCGACUUGGCUGGUUCCGAGCGUCUCAAACACUCGCAGGCCGAGGGCGACCGUAUGAAGGAGACUCAAAACAUCAACAAGAGUCUCAGCUGUCUUGGUGAUGUUAUUGAGGCCCUUGGUCGAGGUUCAGGACACAUUCCAUACCGCAACUCCAAGUUGACACACUUGCUGCAGUACAGUUUGGGCGGCAACAGCAAGACGCUGAUGUUUGUCAUGGUGUCGCCUCUUGAGCAGCAUCUGAAGGAAACAUUGACGAGUCUUCGAUUUGCAACAAAGGUGCACAACACUCAUAUUGGUACAGCCAAGGCUACCAAGAAGGUUCGCGAUUCUACAUAG